GCUUUCGCCUGGAACAGUAGAAGAAGAAGGAGUGUUCCGUAGGGGCCCGCGGUGUCGGUUCUGUUCUGGUCUUUUACUCUCUCAAGUUUUACCGGAUUCUUCUUGAAAGUUCGCCGGUAUUUCUCACCGUCCUCAGCUGCUCUCUGUGACCCGCUCAGCGCGCAGGUAACACGGACACUUUUGUCCCUCUGUUCCCGCGGAAACGAUAGUUAGCAGCUGUUAGCAUGUGCUAAUGUUAGCAUGUGAGGGAGGGGGGGAGAGGAAGUUUGAUAGAGUCCACCUGAAGACCUGAGGUCAGUCCUACAGGUGUGUUUGUCUGUCCACAGGUGUGUGAAGAUGUCUGAACUCGUGGAACCUCCGGGGGGAGAACAGCUGUGUGUGUACCUGCUGAGGGGGGAGGAAGAGGAGGAGGAGAGGGGGGAGGAAGAGGAGAAGGAGGGCAGGAGGGAGGUGGGCUGUCAGUGGGAGAGUCCAGAGGACGAGGAGAAGAAGGAGGUGGGCUGUCAGAGCGACUCAGCCGAGAGGAGAGACGCUGCUGUCCAGGUGGACCUGCUGACUCAGCAACUGAGCUGGACACACACAGGUGAGACACACACACACACACACACACAGGUGAGAGAGACACACUCACAGAUGAGAGAGAGAGAGACUCACAGACACACAGGUGAGAGAGACACACACACAGAUGAGAGAGACACACACAGAUGAGAGAGACACACACACACAGACACACACAGGUGAGAGAGACACACUCACAGACACACACAGGUGAGAGAGACACACUCACAGACACACACAGGUGAGACCAAACAUUUCCCAGAGCACCUCAGUCCAUGAAUCUCAGUCUUAGACCUUUCUCUGGAUCCUCAUUGUCUAAAGCUGACCUCAGUCUCUGACCUCAGUCCCUGACCUCAGUCUCUGACCUCAGUCCCUGACCUCUGUUCUGAGCUCCGCCCCUCCAAACUUCACCCUCAGGUUCAGCAGGUUACUGUCAGGUCCAAUCCCAAACCGCCCCCUACAAACCCGACCUUCACUCCCGAGUGUCACUCCUAAUGAAGUUCCACUCACACCUGUGGAGAGCACCUCAGUUGAAACAGGAGGGUAUAAACAUGAUGGGCGGGUAUGGGAUGCCCUCCUCACUUCACCAGAAAACGGAAAGAUUCAUCACCAUAGCAACACAAAGACGCGUCCUGUGCAUGGCAGCGUUUAUUUUCUUAGUAAACGGGAACCAUCACAGAGACAAGAACUAAAUUAAACUUCUGAUUGUUAGUGAUUCCACACGUCACCACACGGCACGCCUGAUGUUGACCACACACAGCGCGGUCCAUCAGUCAUGUUUCCGUCACACAGCUGGACAGACAGCUGACAUUAGAGGGGGUCUAAAGCUUUAAUGCAAAAAGGUGAGUGAACGUUAAAACAGUCGGACUGACAGGAGUUUGGAUUAGAGGGUUUUUACUGUCAAACUAUCAAAGAGAAAUAAGACCACGCCACGCAGACGCCAUCAGUAACACGUUUAGAGAGGAUUGUAAACGAGGACAACAUAACUGACAACAUGACUUUACUGUAUUUACGGCGCUGUGAUGAGAAUCAAGUUUUUUUCAGUGUGUAAAUGAACGGACAACUCUGCAGUGUCGUUGUUAUUUACUAGAGUAUGAUGGACUUUUCCAAACUAGAAACCAGUUAAACCAGGACAACCAUAUUACAGAAUAACAGCCGACUUACAGUCAGACUGAAUACUACUACAGAACACAGUACUCAGUAUGAAGUAUCUACUGUAUACUACUACAGUACUCAGUAUGAAGUAUCUACUGUAUACUGCGGUCAGCAGGAGUCUGCAGUAGGACAGUUAGAAAACGGCCCAUAUUUGUAUUUUAGCGAGGAGCUGAUCAGUCGACCAUCAGAGACCUGAGUCACUCCUGAGUUUUUAAUCCAGCUGCAGUGACGUGUAUCUGACAGCAGGGGGCAGCAGAGCUCUGUGCAGUGAUCAGGAGACUAAAAGGCUUCUAAUAAAGUUUCAGUGUGACCUUUGACCUGAAGCUGGUUUUCUGUUCCUAACUGACCAGGAUGAGACUCGAAGGUUAAUCCUGACAUCUGGACCAGCAGCUCAGUCCGGACUUAAAGAUGUGGGUCGAGUUCAGACCGGUUCUUUCCUCUGUCUGCAGGUUCACCUGAGAUGCUGCUUCAGUGUUUCGCUGUUAGACCGGAUGGACCAGACGGGGGCGCUCUCCUGAAGCACUGCACCACCAACCGCACCAGAACCAGAAUCAUCCAGCCUGCAGUCAAACUGUCCCCAGAACUCACUUCAUCCAGGUCCAGGACCCAGAAGAGACCGCCUCCCCAGAAUUCCAACAACACCAAACGUGGGCGUCCCAAACGGGGACGACCUCGCCGUGUGUUACCUGACGCUGAGCAGAAGGAAGCCGAAGGGGAGGGGGAGGGAGGGGAGGAAGGAGAAGAGGAGCAGGAGGGCGAGGAGGCAGAGGAGGAGGAGGAGGUGGUGGAGGACACAGGAGACCCCACCUGGACUCCAUCAGGUCGAGGUAAGUCCAGAACCCUGAUCAAAGUCCAGAACCCUGAUCAAAGUCCAGAACCCUGAUCAAAGUCCAGAACCCUGAUCAAAGUCCAGAACCCUGAUCAGACCUUUUUGAUUUGGUGACAGAAUCAAAUUUAAGUGUUUUUGGUAUUAAAAAAAAAACAUCCUGGACAAAGAUCAUUUCACCAAAACUGACUUUUAAAAGUUUAACUUUUAUAUUUUCUUUAUUUUAUUAUUUUACAUGUUUCUCACUCGUCAAAGGAAAUAUUUUAAAUCCUAAUUUGGAUCUAAUUGUAAGAUUUUGGCUUGUGGCUCAUGAAACCUCUGAUUAGUGCUGGACGAUCAAACGAUAACGAUAUCCGAAAUUAACUUCCCUCAAUAAAAAAGGAGAAAAGUUCGUUCUCCAGGAUUUAGAGUUUAGAGCGGUAAGGUGUUCGGUGUGUGUGUUCCUGUUAAAAGACACAGAUACAGAUGUUGAGUUUAGCAGAUUUAUUUGACUGUGGUUCAGCUGAUAAAGAUACAAAACAACAAUCAGUACAGCUCACACCGUACAGAACAUGAACAUGGAGUAGCUUCAGAUAGCAUUAGUCAUAUUUACAGUAAACAAUCCAUUCACUCAAAAUAGCAUCUAAUAGUGAAAAAUCAUCAAACUCACUUCUGACAUUUACACACAAUAAACCUGGAUGUGAAAAUGAAUAUUGGAUAAAAACAGGUCAGAGGAAAUUUACAAACUAUCCUCAUGAGGAGGAAAACUAAACUUUCGUAGCUACAGUAUCUCACACACAGGUGUGUUCAAUCGCGCUGGAACACCUAUGGUGCGUUCACAAACAUUAGACAAAUGAAAACUCACUGUUAAACACAAAAUAACUGAACAGUAUUUACUUGAAAACACCUACAGGCUACACAGACUUUCUAACAGGCCUUCUGCCAUGUUUUGGUCGACUAUACGAACAGCCAAUGAAAAGGGGAGUUUCUCCGGGUCUGAACCAAUCAUGUUCUGAAUUAGAACCAAGUAUCAACCAACUGCAGCGUCGUAGCAGACAGCAGCUCCACCCAACCAUAGCACUUUAACAGGUGAAGCCGACAGCACUGUUGGUGAGAAACAAAGAAAAUGAGUGCUACCCCCGACAGAAAUGACCAUGAAGGCUCAACAGAUGACCACAUCAAUGUCAACCACAACACUGGCGUUAGGAAAACGUCGGUGGUGUGGAGGUAUUUUGGUUUUUGGAGGUCGGACAUGAAGCAGAGUAAUGUGGACUGUAAAUUAUGUCGAGUACAUGUUCUCACAAAGUCGGGGAAUACCUCAAAUCUUUUUCACCGCCUGAAGCAGCGCCACAAAAGCAACAAAACGUCAAAGAGACACACAGACCUCACAGAUGCAGGAGAUUAUUGUAUUGGAAAAGACAUGAGACCAAUAAACACUGUUAGAUUUCAUUUUUAUAUCGUGAUAUUCAUCGAUACCGACUGAUACGAAAAAAAUAUAUAGUGAUAAACUUUUUCACAUAUCGCCCAGCCUUACCUCUGAUUCAGAGAUCUAAACCGUGAGAAUAUUUACAAACCCCUACAAAUAUUUAAAAUCCAGAAAUGUCAGAGUUCAGAAAAGUGUUCAAAUAUAAUCUCUCGACUUGAUCUUCUUAACCGUGAAACCUGUCCUGAUUGUGGUCAAGGAAACAGAUUCAGUUUUCACACAUUUACAGACUGUAGUUUUACCUUUGUCCAGCAGGAGGCUCCACUUCAUAAAAUAUGAAUAAAAAAGAGCGCCAAACAUCAAAGUCUUUGUCAGUUAAACAGAGCAUGAAAAUUCACUCUUUCAUUGUUUUACUGAAACCUAACCCUGACCCUAAACCCUGAUCCUAAACCCUGAUCCAAAACCCAAACCCUAACCCUGAACCCUGACCCUGACCCUAAACCCUAACCCCUAACCCGAACCUGAACCCUGAUCCUGGACCGCACAGACACCUUUCUCGAUCUUUACUCUCUCUAAACAGUCUUCUCUCUGGUCCCCCCUCCCCAUUUCUCUCACCCGUCAGAUGUCGUCUCUCACCCGUCCCCUCUGCCUCAGGGUGACGUCCAAACAGACUCACUUUCCCAGCAUGCACCUGUCCCGGUGGUGAAGCUGGAGCCCGACAGCACCAUGUGUGACGUUUGUGGCAAAGUGAUGAAGAACAAGUCGAGUCUGGCGCGCCACUCCUUCAUCCACACGGGGAACAAACCGUUCGCCUGCCACCUGUGCGAAAUGCGCUUCAACCGCCGUGACAACCUGCAGCAUCACCUGAGUCGGCUUCACCCCAACGGCGUCGCCAAGCUGGAGAAGCAGCGUGCGGUGCAGGCGUGGCUCUGCGCCGUCUGCGGUAAAACUUUCAACUGCAGGUCGCGCCUGAAAACACACGAGGUCAUCCACUCAGGGGUGAAACCGCAUCGCUGCGACCUCUGCCCCAAAGCCUACAUGAGGAACAACGACCUUGAACACCAUAAGAAGAUCGCUCACGUGGAAGGCGGCACCGAGACGCCAAGGCCGAGCUCGCUGCUCUGUGACCUCUGUGGGAAAGAGUUCAAGUGUAAAUCGCAGCUCGCCGUCCACUUUCAGACGCACACGGGAGAACGACCACACCUCUGUGACAUCUGUGGACGCAAGUUCAGCCGCCAGUACCAGCUAAAGCGCCACAAGAUCCUCAUCCACGCCAACAGAAUGAACGGCGAGGAGAAUGUGACAAGCGACGCUCCGUAUGCAUGUGACGUCUGUGGGAAGCGUCUGAAGUCUGAGGCGCACCUCGCCGCUCACGCCCGCAUCCACUCAGGAGACAAACCUCACCACUGCAGCAUCUGUCUGCGCAGCUUCCAGAGCGCCACCUGUCUGAAACAGCACCACGUACGGGUUCACCUGAGGGUCCGGGUCAACGAGCCGCGGGUUGGAGGGCGCAGGAAGGGCUCAGCCAUGAUGAAAGAGUUCCUGUGUCCCGUCUGCAGCAAAGUCUUCAGGUUCAGGUCUCUGCUGGCGAGUCACUCUCUGAUCCACAGCGAGAUCCGACCGUACGGCUGCGACUUCUGCAGCCGCAGCUUCAGACGCCUCAGCCACCUAAAGAGACACAACGAAGUCGUCCACGCCAACGGAGCGCGCCUGCCGCAGAGCUUCAUCUGCCAUAUCUGCGGCAAAGACAAGAAGUGCCGCUCACAGCUCGCCAGACACGUCAUCAUCCACACCGGCGAGCGGCCCUACGCCUGUGACCUCUGCCCCGCCCGCUUCAAUCGCCGUGGGAACCUGCAGCAGCACAGGAAGCGUAUGCACGGCAUAGGGGUGGUAGCCUCAGAGGAGGCUCCGCCCAUUCUGUUCGAUGAUGAUUUGAUUCCCGCUCUUACUUAUAAACAGGAAGAGACGGUGGUCGCUGUGGACGCCACCGCAGAAAUCUGUGAGGCUGCGGAGAGCCAAGAGACGGUUCAACAGCUGAUCAACACCUGACCACGCACAACGCCGAUGACUAAACUGAGCAUGCUCACAACGCCCCUCCUCAAUGAACUCUAACCUCUCAGUCUGUGGUGGUCUGAGGCGUGAACCUGAAGGAGUCAGCUGAACUCUGAUGAAGAUCUGCUCUAUUGAGACUUUGUAUUAGUUUGAUCAGUGAUCAAUCAGUGACCGAUAAUCAAUGACUAAUGAGGGAUGAACGGAUGAAUUUUCAUUAAAGAAAAACUAAAACCUGCAGGUCGUUUCUCUCGUUGUUUGGUUCAGAAGUUCUUCCAUAAAGUCCUUCAGGGUCUUCCUGAAGGCCUCCUCCUCCACCUCCUACCUCCUUCUAUCCUUCCUUACCUCCUCCUGCCUAGAUUGAACUCUGACUGUUCUCUCUCUUCUUUUUC